GGUCGAGUGGCUGCUCGAGAAGGAGGCGGACUAUGGGGCUACCGACAAGUUCAACGAAAGGCCUUUCGCCCUCGCACAAAGACGCGGCCGGAAGGUCAGCUGUCAAGGAAUGGCGUCCACUGAGCCGCCGCAGUGAGUGAGUCCGCCCUGUUGUGCUUCGCAGGAGUGCGAGGCCGUGCUACUGAAGCAUAUCUGUGCCGAGGCCGUCCGUUGGAGGCGCUCGGCCACCAACACUGCCGCAGGAGCCAGCAUGGGAGCGCCUUCCAUCCCCACGGCAAGCGAAGACACCGCCCCACACACAUAUGGCAGGGGCACACACACCCACACACAGACCGCAUCCUUUGUGUGGAUGGAUCGAUGGGCGCAGGCAGCUGCAGCUGGUGCGAUGGAUGAGGGCGGCGGUGUCGACUCGCCAGCGGCCGCGGCACACGAGAGGAAGAAGCAGGAGCUGCGUGAGAAGGCGACCAGGGGAGUGCUGCAGAUGAGGGCCAUGGCGAGAGCGAUCCGGGAGGCGUGCUCACACGACCUGUUGACGCCAGAGGGGCCACGCAAGCCCGUCGAGCUUGGGGAGGACCACUCGCUGCUGUCGUCGCUGCCCAAGCCCAUGGUCUCCUACAUGAACGGUUUCGUGCUGAAGCAGGCCCUCCACUCAUGUGCGGUCCACGGCUCGGCGAAGUCGCUCGACACACUGCUGCAGGACAACUUCAUCAAGCCGACCGAGGGCGGCAGCGAGGGGCUGCCGGUGGGCCAGGUGCGGACGGCGAGCGGGGAGAUUCUCAACUGGCGUGAUCUGCCACCCGCCAGCAUCGAGUCCUUUGAAGACGAGCGGCUCAUCGACGGCAGUAAGUGAAAAGCCACACCGAAAUGCCAAGAAGGGUCUGUCUGCUAACGUCUGGAUGGCCUCAGAUUACGUGCGGAGACCUUUGCUGAUCGACGCGAUCCUGGCGAACCUCGUUCGUGGUGACAAUGCUCCCUCUGUGCUGCAGAUCGUCAAGGUACCUCAGCAGACCGCAUGACGGCACUUCGCUGCCUCUCAUGCUCAUGCGUCCGCCCGUCUGCCUGUCUGGCCACCUGCCUGUCUGCCUGUGUGCAGUCGCUGGUCGAGUACAAUGCCGACGUCAACGAAAUCGGCGUGGUGGCUUGGGAUUGUAAGACCAAAAAGCUAAUGAUGUCAUCCGCUGUCGGUGAGUGUCGAGAGGAAAGGGCGAGACAGAAGGAGAAAUGCCGGAAGGAUGCAGGUCUGACUUGGUGUCUUCAGGUGCUGCUUCCAUGUCCCACUUGCCUGAGGUCCUCGACUACCUUCUCAACCAACCGCAUGCCGACCCGUCAGUCCUCUCUGGGGGGGACUUCCUUGCGGGCCUGAACAUCCUUCAGCUCGCCUGCAUUGGGGAAGACGUGAACCCGGAAGGCAACCAAGAUACCGAAGGUGACAAAUCAAUCGAUUGAGCCAGACUGACGCGCGCUGACGCUCUUGUGUGUUGCCACAGCUCCCCGGCCCCCUCCUGAGCCCAUGGUGGGCAGCAAGGGCCGCAAGAAGGCCGCCAGCAAGGGCAAACGGGCCGGCAACGACGGUCUUGCGCAAGAGGCGGGACAGCAGGCGGCCGGUGGGACAGCGGCGAAGGAGGCAGAGCAGAAGGAGAAGGCCCGGCAGUCGCGUGCAGUGGCCACCCUGGAUCUGCUCGAACGCCGCGGCCUGACGCGCAGCGCACCGGCCGAGGGCAAGGGAGGGCGUCGCAAGAGGGCCGUCCUGAGUCUGCACUGCCGUGACAAGACGGGCUGGUCUCUGCUGCAUUUUGCAGCUAGUAGUGGGUGGUCUGAGGUGAUCAAGUGGCUGCUCAAGAGGGGCUUGGACGCUGAGGCCGUCAAACAAAACAAGAAGAACGAAACACCCCUCGAUGUCGCCCGCCGAUUCGGCCGGACGGUCAGCAGACAGGAGGAAGGCACAGCACGUCAGCCGCUUCAUUUGUUUGGUGUGUUCAGCCGUGUGUGGACGUGCUGAUGGCUCAUCUGGAGGCCCGUCAGAAGGCGGCGGCUGCCGAUCUGCUGCGAGAAGAGGAGAUCGCCCGCAAGAAGGAGGAGAAGGCCGCCAGAAAGCGCGAGCAGAAGCGUCUCAAGGUGCCCUUCCCCUGCACCGCUGCACACACGGAUACUGCAUGUGUGUGUCAUUGCCUUCAGCGUUUGGCGACUCAGCAGGCUGAGUCAGCGGCAGAUGGCGAGACGGAGGAGGCCGACGACACACAGCACGAGACUGAAGAAGUAGAUCAUGUGACGGGGGAAGCUGCUGCGCCGAGCUGCCCGCCAGACUCACACAGCGAGAGGUGCAGACAGAGCCACCGACACUUCUACCCAGUAGCCCCCAUCUGUUGUCCCUCUUGUGUGUGGGAUGCACAGUGUCGAGCCGGCCUUCUCUGACGCCCCGAGUGACCGCCACCAGCAGCGAGAUGUCCUCAGCCAGAGGCCACCAGCUCAUGUCGGCCCUUCGGCAUUCGCUCCUCGCCCUCUCUCCCCUGCUCAUGGCGCAUCAGCGAGCCACUUGUUUGCUGCCCAGCGGCCGCCCAGCUCAUCGUAAGGCACUCAGAGGGGACCCACCACACCGCGAUCUGUUGUGUGUGUGGGUCAUCCAUCCAUCAGGUCCUCAUUUGCCGACCCGCCGGCGUCAUCGACGGUCAGCACGACGCCCGCCGACCGGCCCUCCUCCGCACAGACGUCAGCCCGACACGACCGGUGACUCCCAAACAUAGCCCCAGUCGCCUGUAUGGUCUGUAGCUGACGAUGUGGCUGUGUGUGCGCAGGUUCUGCCCGGCUGACGUGACGGCUCAGUUGCGGGCUGACCUGAACGGAUGCAUCGACAAGAAGGAGAGGUCAGACAACACAACAACACGGCCAUGUGUGUCAUACCAAUGUGUCUGUCUUAUUCCGUGUGUGCAGUCUGGAGGAUCAGUACAGUGAUCUGUUGGCUGCCCGUCGGCGGGAUGCCGAUCGCGUCAAGGAGCUCAAGACGAACAUACGACGACUCAAAUACGUCUCACCUAGGUGAGCGAUACACACGAGGAGAGGGCCCCCCACAGUGGCUCCACUGUGUGUGCUGUUGAUGCAGCCUGAGCCACGAUGUGUUGGUGUCCCUCGCCACGGCUGCCCAAGUGCGUGACUUUGAGGCAAAGAUCAGCCGCGAGGAGGAUCGACGAGCUCAUGGAGACGGCCGUCGACGCACAGCAUGCCCUCCGGCUGCAGAGCGGCGCAUCCAAACCCACAAAGGCACCCGCAGCUGAGCAGCAGAGCGCCUCAGCCGCAACUGUAGCUGCAGCGUCUGCCUCCACGCCCACAUCCGCUGCUGAAGGGUGCGUGGGACUGUGAGGAAGGGGCGCCAUCCAUUCCCAUGUCGGUGCAUCUUGUGUGCACAUCAAUCAGGUGUGGCGUGCCGGUGUGCGGUGCGAUGCGGGUGUUGUUGGACGAGUUGUCGACUGAGGCUCAGCUGCUCGAGGCCAUACAACACAUCCAAUACGACAUAGACCAGUAAGAGAGGACCGUCCGUAUGGCAGCCAGAACGAACUCAUCGCCCUUGAUCUGUCUGUCUGUCUGUCUGUCAGGCUGGAGGGUGACAUCUCUCGGAUGACGGACGUGUGCACCGAGGCCGAGGCCGCACUACAGCCGCUCGAGCAGGAGCACCACACACUGCAGCAAGAGGCAAAGAAACGGUAAACAAAGGCCCACCAACACACACAGACGGCCCGUCAUAUGCCUCUCCGUAUGCCUCUCUGCCCAUUGCCAGGUUGACCCCUACUCGUCUGGAGUCACUCACGAAUAUCGCAGCGGUGGAUGCCUUCAAGCGCGACAUCAAGAGGGCCAAACAAGAGCUGCGAGAUCUGGCCAGAGAGGCCGGCCGCCGAGAGGCUGCACUCGAGAAGGAGGAGACGGCCGCUGCUGCCGCUGCUGCUGCUGCUGCUGCUGAUGGCGAUGGCGGGGAGGGCACCUGCGUCAUGUGCAUCUCGAAGACGCCAACCGUCGUAUUCUUCCCAUGUCGGCAGGUCAGUCACGACACACCCAGACCGAGUUGCAUACCACCUUUGUCCGUGUGUGUGUGUGUGUGUGUGUCUGCAGAAGUGUCUGUGUGAGGGUUGCUGGCGCGACAUGGCGGCGGCCCACGAGGCGGCCAAGAAGGAGAAGGCGCGCCUGGAGGCCCUGCAGCGGCGAGUGCCUGACAACAUCGCCUGUGACGCCCAGCUCAAGUGUCCGAUGUGCAACCAGGCGGCCCACUACGCCAGCACCGUCGACGGCAUCACGACAGCCACGUGAGCAGCAACAGACAGAGACAGUCGGUAGACCGACGUGUGCAUAGCUGUAGCUCUCAUGCGCCGACGGCGCGGACUCAAAUCAGUCAGUCGUCGCUGUGUAUAUCCCUACCUCUAUAUUGGUGGCAGACCUCUUUACUCGGCUGGAUGGAUGUCGUGAGUGAGAUGACAGACAGUGUGUGUGCAUGUGUGCCCUUUAUAGUCUGU